AUGUUUCGUUGGUCGGCCGUGCGUGCGCCUAGGGUGCGCCUAGGUGCGUCGCUGCGUACGUAUGCGACUCGUCCGCAGGUCCUGUUGAUGGAUGACAUUGAGCUGGCGAAGACCGACUUGGAGCGACUGGGCUCGCAUGCGGAGAUCUUGCGCAACAAGACCACCUCACGUGCGGAGCUGAUCUCGGCGUUUGCGCCGGGGGGUCCGUACGCCCAGGUCCGUGGUCUGUACCGCCAUUUUGGUGGUGCUCGCUCUAUCCGUGUGUCUGGCCGUUUUGAUGAAGAGCUCGUCGCUGCGUUGCCGUCGACACUCAAGUUCAUUGUGCACAAUGGUGCUGGCUAUGAUCAGUUGGACAUCAACGCACUUACGCGCCGUGGCAUUCAGGCGGCGAAUGUGCCUACGGUCGUGAACGAGGCGACAGCGGAUACCGCGUUGUUCCUGCUGAUCGGCGCACUGCGUCAGUUCCCGAAAGCCAUGGCCGAUUUGCACGCUGGCACGUUCAACAAGGCAUUCUCGUUCCGGGGUGCAAGCGAUCCGGAAGGCCUGACGCUCGGUAUCGUUGGUGCUGGUGGCAUUGGCCGUACGUUUGCGCGUAAAGCUGCGCAUGCGCUGGGCAUGCAUAUUGUGUACCACAACCGUACGCGUCUAAGUGAAGAGCAAGAGACACAGGGAAUGCCGGAGGGCAAGCGCAUGGAAUAUGCGCUCUCGCUGGACUCGCUGCUGGGCCAGAGCGAUGUCGUGAGCUUGCACUGCCCUCUCACGCCCCAGACCAAGCACUUGAUUGGCGAGGCGCAGUUGGCGCGAAUGCCGCCCCACUCGGUGCUGAUCAACACAGCUCGCGGUCCUGUGGUGGACGAGGCGGCGCUGGUCAAGGCGCUGGACGACGGUGUGAUUGCAGGAGCUGGUCUGGAUGUGUACGAAAACGAGCCUGAGAUCCACCCAGGCCUGGUGCGCCUGUCGAAAACCAAGGCCUUGCUUCUGCCGCAUGUCGGCACACUGAGCCUGCAAACCCAGACAGAUAUGGAGGCCGUGUGUGUCCGCAACCUGGAGCACGGCCUGGAAACAGGCAAGCUCAUGUAUACAGUCCGGGAGCAGGAGGGCCUGAACCUCAGUGCCAACUAA